AUGACCGACGAUACUGAAACCAUUUUUUCCGAAUUUUCGGAUCCCAACCGACGAUCGUUGAUUGAUCGUAUCUGUGUCGCUCUCGGCAACCACAGGAUCCCACGCGUGAAGGCGCUGGGUCUAUGGUUCGCUGACAUCAAGGCCCUGGAGGUCCUUGUAGGCCACGAGCGGAACCCACACAUGCUUCGACACCUCCUGGUUGAUUUCUCUCAAUACAAUCUUCCGAGAAUUUGGGCCAGUGAUGGACAAGCACCUCGCCCUGGCCAACCCAGGGUACUGGAAACCAGACCCGAUGUGGGCGCACGCGGCGAGAGGAGUGCCGCUGCUGACAUCUCGAGCCGACGCCCUGAACGUGGUGAUCGUGGUAGAUCUGACUCUCCGGCACAAGCCAGUACCGCUGUUCGUUUGCGGUCAGAGUCCAGAAUCCCGGUACCCCAGGGCAGGGGUCGGCGAAAGAAGACAGCUGGUGACCCCACCGAGGAAAGCAUUAGGGUGACAGUGACAGAUCGUGAGGGGGCUAGAUGUGUUCUGACCUGCCGUGGAGAACCAUCGCUUGAGGUAGCCCGUAUUAUACCCAAUAGGAUCAAUGGAACCACGCGGGACGAGCAUGAUGAAAACAGCGUCUGGAACUUUCUUCGCACCUUCUGGUCCGAAGAAAAGGUCGAUGCAUGGGAGCAAGCCCUGAUGCCAGGUGGUUUGCUAGUGAGCACUGAGCGGGUAUGCAACCUGAUCACGCUGGAUCUCACAGCUCACGAUCAAUGGGACCGCGGACUCAUUGCAUUCCGGCCAAUUUCGGCCAACGAAGAAGAAACUGAAAUGCGAAUCGCAUUUCAUUGGCUUCCUUUCCGAAGCGCCACCAUCGCUAGGAAUGACCGAAUGCCACCUGCCGCAGUCCGAGACAUGGAUCUAGGAACUCCACCGUCCACGAGCCCCGGGAGAUUUAAUUACUUUUUCGAUAUGGAGACUUGGGAAGUAAUUAGCUCAGGGCAUGUCUUCACGGUGAGAACUAACGACAAGGAGAAACAACCAUUGCCUUCGAUAGAACUUUUGGAGCUGAGAUGGCACCUCUCCCGCAUUGCUGCGAUGCAGGGAGGAGCAGAUGAGGAUGAUGACAGUGGUGACGAUUCUGACGGUGGGUCCUUUUCAGUCCCAUCAGGGUCGCGAUCACCCGUCAAAUGA